GUUGUGCGUGAGCGCUAACUGUUUACUGACAAAUAGUUAUAGUGCAUUGGUAGACAGGCCUAAACAGCAAGAUGAUGCUUCAGAACAUCCAGAUACGUGACGGAGAGUAUACAAAGACUAUAUAUUCCAUGAUAAAGGAGCAACGAUAUAGUGAAGCAGUACAGAUUCUCAACCACAUCAUUGAGUCUUAUCCCAGUUCUCGAGCUGCACUGUCCCUCCUGGCGUACUGCUACUUCUACAUGCAAGACUUUGUCAACGCUGCUAACUGCUAUGAGCACCUCACACUCCUGUUUCCUGACAUUGAAGAGUAUCGCCUUUACUAUGCUCAGUCACUCUAUCAGGCUUGUUUAUAUGAGGAAGCAAUGAAGGUCACACAUCAAAUAGAGGCUCCAGAGUAUGCAGGAAGCAUCACCAAGCUGCAGGCUGCCAUCAAGUAUGGGGAGGAGGAUCUUCCAGGAGCCAAGAGUUUGGUUGACCAGUGUCCAACAGAAGACCCAGACACAGAGAUCAAUCAUGGCUGUCUGCUGUACAAGGAGGCUCGGUAUGAAGAGGCCUGCCAGAAAUUCACCAGUGCCCUACAGGUGGCAGGCUACCAACCUCACUUGUCCUAUAACAUUGCUCUCUGCCACUACCGUCUCAAACAGUAUGCUCCAGCCCUAAAACAUAUUGCUGAUAUCAUUGAGCGAGGGAUACGAGAGCACCCUGAGCUGAGCGUGGGCAUGACGACAGAAGGCAUUGAGGUUCGCAGUGUGGGCAACACUCUAACCUUGCAUGAAACAGCUCUCAUUGAGGCUUUCAACCUGAAGGCAGCUAUUGAGUACCAACUUAAAAACUAUGAAGCUGCCCGAGAAGCUUUGACUGACAUGCCUCCACGUUCAGAAGAAGAGCUUGAUGCUGUUACUUUACAUAACCAGGCACUGAUGAACAUGGAGACUAAGCCAACUGAAGGGUUUGAGAAGAUGCAGUUCUUAUUGGGCCAGAAUCCUUUCCCUCCUGAGACUUUUGGCAACUUACUCCUCCUAUACUGCAAAUAUGAGUAUUAUCACCUGGCAGCUGACGUCCUGGCAGAAAAUGCUCAUCUUACAUACAAAUAUCUGACACCUCAUCUCUUUGACUUUCUGGAUGCCUUAAUUACCCAACAAACUGCAGCAUCAGAGGCUUAUCGCAAGUUUGAUGAACUGGGGUCACGACACAUUGAACUGCUGAGGAAGCUGACAAAAGUUGUUCAGGAGGCCCGGCAAAAUCACGAUGACGACCAGGUGAAGGCAGCCGUCAAUGAAUACGAAGAGGUUUUAGAAAGGUAUAUUCCAGUCCUCAUGGCUCAGGCCAAAAUAUACUGGGACCUAGAAAACUAUUCCCAGGUGGAGAAGAUCUUCAGAAAGUCAGUGGAAUUUUGUAAUGAGUCUGAUAUAUGGAAACUAAAUGUUGCACAUGUUCUAUUCAUGCAGGAAAACAAAUUCAAGGAAGCCACAGGAUUUUAUGAGCCAAUCGUGAAGAAGAACUAUGAUAAUAUCUUAAAUGUGAGUGCCAUUGUGCUGGCAAACUUGUGUGUUUCAUACAUCAUGACCAGUCAAAAUGAAGAGGCUGAAGAGCUCAUGAGGAAGAUUGAGAAGGAAGAAGAGCAUCUAGCCUAUGAAGACCCAGACAAGAAAAUUUACCACCUUUGCAUAGUGAACUUGGUUAUUGGAACCUUGUAUUGUGCGAAAGGGAACUAUGAGUUUGGUAUCUCCAGGGUGAUUAAGAGUCUGGAACCCUACAAUAAAAAACUUGGCACAGAUACAUGGUAUUAUGCCAAAAGGUGCUUCCUCUCCUUGAUAGAGAACUUAGCCAAACACAUGAUAACUGUGAAGGACUCAGUGAUUCAGGAAUGUAUCCAGUUUCUAGAGCACUGUGAAGUAUAUGGCAGGAGUGUGAAAGGCCUGAUUGAACACCCCCUGGAAGAAAUGGCCAUCCAUCCAGGUAAAAAUACAGUCACAUAUGAGUCUCGUUUACUGAAGGCUCUCCUGCUACAGAUCCAACAGAUGUAGGAGCUCAAAUGUUA